CUGCUCAGAUCCCUCUGGAAUUCCCAUCCUGGAUUAUUCCUGUUGCCAAGCUUCAUUCCUGCUGCUUGCAGAGCUGCUCCCACUGGAGCAAUCCCCUUCCCUCCUGGGUGGAAGAGCUUGUGCAUGGAACACUGAGCUGUGCCAGGCGUCGUCCCAUCUCCCCCAUUCCUGCCCACGGCGGAUGGCACAAACCCCCUCAGAGUGAUGAUCCCCAGCAGCAGCAGCAGCAGCCAUAGCCAUGCUGGGAUUCGGGACGUGCUCCAUGGGCGCCCCGGCGAGGGCGGCUGAGCUGGAUGCCGCCUCGUCCCGCUGCAUCCUGGCCCUGCCCGAGGAGGAGACGUGGCGCCAGCACCGCCUGGGGCUGAUGCAGAACACCCAUUCCUGCAACCUGCUGGAGCCCCAGAGCCUGGCGCAGGCCCUGGUGUCGCGCGCCGCCUCCUUGGACGCGCUGUGCGAGUCGCGCUGCCGCGAUGGCGAGGUGGAACCGGGGCUGGCCCAGCUGGUGGCCGUGAGCCCCGAGGUGAUCAAGCGCCGGCGGGGAGGGCUCAUCGAGCAGAGGGACAUCAUCAAGGCCCACGAGGCACACAAGAUGCAGAGCACGCCCCAGGCGCGGAGGAAGGAGUGGGAGAUGGCUCGCUUCGGGGAGGCAGUGGCCGGCAGGCUGGGCUCCGGAGAUGGGGGCUCCGAGCAGAACCGGAGCCGGCAAGGAGCUGCUGCCCCUGCGGGAGGCAGCCCGGGAGCCUUCAAGCAAACCAAAGCGCAGAGAGCCCGGACUAUGGCUCUGUACAACCCCAUCCCCGUCCGGCAGAACUGCUUCACCGUCAACAGAUCGCUCUUCCUCUUCGGGGAAGAAAACAUAGUCAGGAAAUACGCCAAGAAGCUCAUCGACUGGCCUCCCUUCGAGUACAUGAUCCUGGCCACCAUCAUUGCCAACUGCAUCGUGCUGGCGCUGGAGCAGCACCUCCCCGAGGAUGACAAGACGCCCAUGUCACGGAGAUUAGAGAAGACAGAGCCCUACUUCAUUGGGAUUUUCUGCUUCGAGGCUGGGAUUAAGAUCGUGGCCCUGGGGUUCGUGUUCCACAAGGGCUCGUACCUGCGCAACGGCUGGAACGUCAUGGACUUCAUUGUGGUCCUCAGUGGCAUCCUCGCCACGGCUGGGACACACUUCAACACCCACGUGGACCUGCGGACGCUGCGGGCCGUGCGCGUGCUCCGGCCGCUGAAGCUCGUCUCGGGCAUUCCCAGCUUGCAGAUUGUCCUGAAAUCCAUCAUGAAGGCCAUGGUGCCUCUCCUGCAGAUCGGCCUGCUGCUCUUUUUUGCCAUCCUCAUGUUUGCCAUCAUUGGCCUGGAGUUCUACAGUGGGAAGCUGCACCGAGCCUGCUACACAAACAAUUCAGGUGAACUAGAGGAGCUGGACCCUCCCCAUCCCUGCGGGGUGCAGGGUUGUCCCCCGGGCUACGAGUGCCGGGAGUGGAUCGGUCCCAACGAUGGGAUUACCCAGUUUGACAACAUCCUCUUUGCUGUGCUGACCGUCUUCCAGUGCAUCACCAUGGAAGGGUGGACCACAGUCCUGUACAAUACCAAUGAUGCCUUAGGAGCCACCUGGAACUGGCUGUACUUCAUCCCCCUCAUCAUCAUUGGAUCCUUCUUCGUCCUCAACCUUGUCCUGGGAGUGCUGUCAGGGGAGUUUGCCAAAGAGAGAGAGCGCGUGGAGAACCGCCGAGCCUUCAUGAAGCUGCGGCGGCAGCAGCAGAUCGAGCGGGAGCUCAACGGCUACCGGGCAUGGAUAGACAAAGCGGAGGAAGUCAUGCUGGCUGAAGAGAACAAAAAUUCGGGGACCUCAGCCUUAGAUGUGCUCAGGAGAGCCACCAUCAAGCGGAACCGCACGGAUGCCAUGUCGGGUGACGAGCACUGUGUCGACAUCGCCUCUGUGGGCGAGCGGAGGCUGGCGCAGAGGAGACGUCUCAAUCCAACCUUGGGCAACCCCUCGAGUAACUCUGGCCUCAAAGGUGCCAGGGUGGACGGUGCCUCCUACUUGCGGCACAAGGAGCGGCUGCUGCGCAUCUCCGUGCGCCACAUGGUCAAAUCCCAGGUCUUCUACUGGAUCGUCCUGAGCCUGGUGGCUCUCAACACUGCCUGCGUGGCCAUCGUCCAUCACAACCAGCCAGCCUGGCUCACCCACUUCCUCUACUAUGCAGAGUUCCUGUUUCUUGGGCUCUUCCUUCUGGAGAUGUCCUUGAAGAUGUACGGGAUGGGGCCACGCCUUUACUUCCAUUCUUCCUUCAACUGCUUCGACUGUGGGGUCACAGUGGGAAGCAUCUUCGAAGUGGUUUGGGCGAUAUUCAGACCAGGAACCUCUUUUGGGAUCAGUGUCCUACGAGCUCUUCGUCUCCUGAGGAUAUUUAAAAUAACCAAGUACUGGGCAUCCCUGAGGAAUUUAGUGGUCUCGCUGAUGAGCUCCAUGAAAUCUAUUAUCAGUCUGCUCUUCCUCCUCUUCCUCUUCAUUGUAGUCUUUGCCCUGCUGGGAAUGCAGCUGUUUGGAGGCAGGUUUAAUUUCAUGGAUGGGACUCCCUCGGCCAACUUUGACACCUUCCCUGCAGCCAUCAUGACGGUGUUCCAGAUCCUGACGGGCGAGGACUGGAACGAGGUGAUGUACAACGGCAUCCGCUCCCAGGGAGGAGUGCGUUCAGGGAUGUGGUCCUCCAUCUACUUCAUCGUCCUCACCUUGUUUGGGAACUAUACUCUGCUGAACGUCUUCUUGGCCAUCGCCGUGGACAACCUGGCCAACGCCCAGGAGCUCACCAAGGACGAGCAGGAGGAAGAGGAGGCCUUUAACCAGAAGCACGCCCUGCAGAAAGCCAAAGAAGUCAGCCCCAUGUCUGCCCCAAACAUGCCUGCUAUCGAAAGAGACAGGCGGAGGAGACACCACAUGUCGAUGUGGGAGCCACGCAGCAGCCACCUGCGGGAGCGGCGGCGGAGGCACCACAUGUCGGUGUGGGAGCAGCGCACCAGCCAGCUGCGCCGGCACAUGCAGAUGUCCAGCCAGGAGGGCAUCAACAAGGACGAGCCGCCCCUCAUCAACCCCCACGCCAGCAUCUUCCGCAGGAAGAGACCCGGGGAAGGAGUCACCCUGGAGAAAUGCGCCGAGGAGCAGGGCAAGGCAGAGCGUGAGGGACCCGAGCAGCCGCUGCCAGGGGCCAACCCCGGCGGUGGGGAGGAGAGGACAUCACCCCGGGCCAAGCGGGACAUGUGGCAGCAGAAGUCUUGCCACGGGAACUGUGAGCCAGGAGAGCAGGACGGGGCAGGAGGCAGCAUGGAGGAUAGGGCGAGGAUGAGGCAGAGCCAGCGGCGCAGCCGGCACCGCAGAGCCCGCGUGGAGGGCAAGGACACGGCUGGCAUCUUGGGGAGCCGCUCGGCCAGCCAGGAGAUGGGGCUGGAGGAGGCCAGCGCUGCUGAGGGGACACAGGAUGGGGACCGGCGCGGGGACGUGGCUGCUACAGAGGCGCUGAUUCCCGGGGAGCCAGAGGCGAGCGGGGAGUCCAUCAGGACAAACGGGGUCCCUGCCGGCGACGCCGAUCUGAUUGGCACCGCCAAGAGGGGCAGCCCCCCACACGUGGCAGCCGAGCUGUGCCAGGGGAGGACGGGCACGCUGACGGAGCAGGAGUGCAGCAGCCCGGACACGAGCGAGCAGGCGCUGCUGGAGCCCAGCCGCAGCGUGAGCCGCAGCGAGCCCGACCUGUCCUCCAUCACCCCCAACACCGAGAAGGCCACCGAGAGCACGGCCAUCAUGAUCGAUGUGCACGACUCCGCUGUGGUACAGAUUAGCAACAAGACAGACGGCGAAGCCAGCCCCUUAAAGGAGGCUGAGACCAAAGAGGAUGAGGAAGAAAUGGAGAAGAAGAAGAGGAAGAAGGAAAAGAGCGAGACGGGCAAAGCCAUGGUGCCGCACAGCUCCAUGUUCAUCUUCAGCACCACCAACCCGGUGAGGAGGGCCUGCCACUACAUCGUGAACCUGCGCUACUUCGAGAUGUGCAUCCUGCUGGUGAUCGCUGCCAGCAGCAUCGCCCUCGCCGCCGAGGAUCCCGUCCUCACCAACUCCGACCGCAACAAAGUGCUGAGGUAUUUUGACUACGUCUUCACUGGUGUCUUCACCUUCGAGAUGGUGAUCAAGAUGAUUGACCAGGGCUUGAUCCUGCAGGAUGGCUCCUACUUCCGAGACCUCUGGAACAUCCUUGAUUUCAUCGUGGUGGUGGGAGCGCUGGUGGCUUUUGCCUUGGCGACCAACAAGGGCCGGGAUAUCAAGACCAUCAAGUCCCUCCGUGUGCUGCGGGUCUUGAGGCCCCUGAAAACCAUCAAGAGGCUGCCCAAGCUGAAGGCUGUUUUUGACUGUGUAGUGACAUCUCUCAAGAACGUCUUCAACAUCCUCAUUGUCUACAAGCUCUUCAUGUUCAUCUUCGCCGUCAUCGCCGUGCAGCUCUUCAAGGGGAAGUUCUUCUACUGCACUGACAGCUCCAAGGACACGCAGAAGGACUGCAUAGGGAACUAUGUGGACCACGAGAAGAACAAGAUGGAGGUGAAAUGCAGGGAGUGGAAGCGGCACGAGUUUCACUAUGACAACAUCAUCUGGGCUCUGCUCACCCUGUUCACGGUGUCCACGGGCGAGGGGUGGCCCCAGGUGCUGCAGCACUCGGUGGAUGUGACGGAGGAGGACCGCGGGCCCAGCCGCAGCAACCGCAUGGAGAUGUCCAUUUUUUACGUCGUCUACUUCGUGGUCUUCCCCUUCUUCUUCGUCAACAUUUUCGUGGCUCUCAUCAUCAUCACCUUCCAAGAGCAAGGAGACAAAAUGAUGGAGGAGUGCAGCCUGGAGAAGAAUGAGAGGGCCUGCAUUGACUUUGCCAUCAGCGCCAAGCCCCUGACGAGGUACAUGCCCCAGAACAGACACACCUUCCAGUACCGCGUGUGGCACUUUGUGGUGUCCCCGUCCUUCGAGUACACCAUCAUGGCCAUGAUAGCCCUCAACACCGUGGUGCUCAUGAUGAAGUACUAUUCUGCUCCAUACACCUAUGAGCUGGCCCUGAAGUACCUGAACAUUGCCUUCACCAUGGUGUUCUCCCUGGAGUGCGUCCUCAAGAUCAUUGCCUUUGGCUUCCUGAAUUAUUUCCGGGACACCUGGAACAUCUUUGACUUCAUCACGGUCAUCGGCAGCAUUACGGAGAUCAUCCUGACAGACACCAAGCUGGUGAACACCAGCAGCUUCAACAUGAGCUUCCUGAAGCUUUUCCGGGCUGCUCGGCUCAUCAAGCUGCUCCGCCAGGGUUACACCAUCCGCAUCCUGCUCUGGACCUUUGUGCAGUCCUUCAAGGCACUCCCCUACGUCUGCCUGCUGAUUGCCAUGCUUUUCUUCAUCUACGCCAUCAUUGGGAUGCAGGUUUUUGGCAAUAUCAAACUCGAUGAGGAAAGCCACAUUAACAGGCACAACAACUUCCGCAGCUUCCUGGGCUCCCUCAUGCUCCUCUUCAGGAGUGCCACUGGAGAGGCGUGGCAGGAGAUCAUGCUGUCCUGCCUGGAGGGCAAGGGCUGCGAGCCGGACACCACGGCCACGUCCGGGCAGAACGAGAACGAGCGCUGCGGCACCGACCUGGCCUACGUUUACUUCGUGUCCUUCAUCUUCUUCUGCUCCUUCCUGAUGCUCAACCUGUUUGUGGCAGUCAUCAUGGACAACUUUGAGUACCUGACACGGGACUCCUCCAUCCUGGGCCCUCACCAUCUGGAUGAGUUUGUCCGGAUCUGGGCAGAGUAUGACCGAGCAGCGUGCGGCAGGAUCUCGUAUAAGGAUAUGUACAAAUUAGUACGGGUGAUCUCGCCUCCUCUGGGCCUAGGAGAGAACUGCCCCUACAGGGUGGCGUGCAAGAGACUGGUGCUGAUGAACAUGCCCGUGGCCGAGGACAUGACAGUCCACUUCACCUCCACCCUCAUGGCCCUCAUCCGCACGGCCCUGGACAUCAAAAUUGCCAAAGGUGGUGCAGAUUGGCAGCAGUUGGACUCCGAGCUUCAAAAGGAGAUCCUGACCAUUUGGCCUCACCUCUCCCAGAAGAUGCUGGACCUGUUGGUGCCCAUGCCAAAAACCUCUGACCUGACUGUUGGGAAAAUAUAUGCAGCCAUGAUGAUCAUGGAUUACUACAAGCAGAGCAAGGCCAAGAAGCAGCGGCAGCAGCUGGAGGAGCAGAAGAAUGCCCCCAUGUUCCAGCGCAUGGAGCCGUCCUCUCUGCCCCAGGAGAUCAUCUCCAACGCCAAGGCUCUGCCGUACCUCCAGCAGGACACCCUCUCGGGCCUGAGCAGCCGAGGCGGGUACCCCUCGCUGAGCCCGCUCUCGCCACAGGAGAUCUUCCAGCUGGCGUGCAUGGAUCCAGCCCAGGAGCAGUUCCAGGAGCACCAGUCUCUGGAGCCAGAGGUUAGGGAGUUUCAAAGAGUGCAGCCCUCUAACCGUGGCAGCUACCUUCCCGUGGACACUCAGGACCACGCUGUCUCUGGGAGGGCCUCCUCCAUGCCUCGUCUCACUGUGGAUCCCCAGGUGGUGACAGACACCAGCUCCAUGCGGAGAUCCUUCUCCACCAUCCGGGACAAGCGGCCCAACAGCUCCUGGCUGGAUGAGUUCUCCAUGGAGCGCAGCAGCGACAACACCUACAAGUCCCGCCGGCGCAGCUACCACUCCUCGCUCCAGCUGUCCGCCCGGCGCCUCAACGCCGACUCGGGCCACCGGUCCGAGGGGCACCGCUCGGGCAGGGAGCGGGGCCGGUCCAAAGAGCGCAAGCACCUGCUGUCCCCGGACAUCUCCCGCUGCAACUCCGAGGAGAGGACUCCCCAGGCACAGGAGGAGUCACCAGAGCGGCGGCGCGAGUCACGGUCACCCAGCGAGGGCAGGUCACAGACACCCAGCAGGCAGGGCAUGGGCUCCCUGAGCGAAAGCUCCAUCCCUUCCAUCUCGGACACCAGCACGCCCCGGCGAGGCCGCCGCCAGCUGCCGCCGGUGCCCCCCAAGCCGCGUCCCCUGCUGUCCUACGCCUCCAUGCUGCGGCACGCCGGGGACACCUCUCCCCCGGCCGACGAGAGCGAGGGCGGCUCUCCGCUGCUCUCCUCCAGCCUGGAUCCCAGCGCGGCCGGCCCGGCGGAACCUUCCAGCUCUCCGGCGGGCAAGCAGAGCCGGCAGUCCACGCCGCAGCGCUACAUCUCGGAGCCCUACCUGGCGCUGCACGACGACUCGCACGCCUCAGACUGCGGUGAGGAGGAGACGCUCACCUUCGAGGCGGCCGUGGCCACCAGCCUGGGCCGCUCCAACACCAUCGGCUCGGCGCCGCCGCUGCGGCACGGCUGGCAGAUGCCCAACGGGCACUACCGGCGGCGGCGGCGAGGCGCGGCGCAAGGCGUCAUGUGCGGGGCCAGCAUCGACGUGCUCAGCGACACCGAGGAAGAUGACAAGUGCUAGAAGCUGCCCCUCUGUCCCCCCGAGCCUCAAACCCCGACCUCGCCUCGGCUGCCCCCCGUCCAUCCCGCCCUGCCCUUCUCCGAUGCAUGCUCUUCGCCGCGCCUGGGAAUGAAACUGAAAAACCAAAACCAAACGCAGGGGGAAAAAAAACAAAAAAGCAAAACAAAGCAAAACAAAACAACCAACCAACCAAAAAAAAAGCCCCCACCCCAAACCGACCGGAAAGGAGAGAAAAAAACCAAACCACAAUGAAAAAGAAAAGAAAGGGGAAAAAAAGUCUUUGUGCAAAAAAAAAAAAAAAUUAAAAUCUGUUGAGUUUCGGUUAU